ACCCACACGCAAGGGAAACGAGGAAGGCUCUCAAGAACCAAGUAUGUUAAGUGAAUUAAGUACUAAAUAUAUAUAUUGUAAACAGGAACAAGGCGUGAAAAGGACUGACAAAGGGGGGAAACAUACGGGGCAGGGCAGGAAUGAAUGGAGCCAGGAGAGAGAGGCAAAACUAGGGCGGGAAAAAAAACACUUGGCAAGGAAGAACUGAAACUACAAGACAACAACAAGGGCAAAAACAAGAGUGGAAACAACCUUGUAUGAAAGAUCGAAGGAACAGCAGCCUCUAUUAAGCUUCAUCCCUACAAGAGACAGCAAGGAUCUCUUUAUAUUUGAUCAGCAGCAAAAACUGAUGAGAGAAAAUGACCAAAAGAAGACUUAUUCCUUUGCUCACCUGCAUGGCAACUAUAGAUGUUUGAAUGAAUCACAUGUUUGGAGGAUGCAUAAACAUGAACUCUGUGUGAACCUUUACACAAGAAAUGAGGAUAGAGUUCUCUCAGCUUCUUGGGCUUUCAACAUCGAUGUAGCAAACCCCCACAUCUGUACUGGAAAGAAACAAGAUUUAUUUGAUUACAAAGUAGUUCAGUACAUAUCAGGCAAGAAAGGGAUACGGGUCACUGUACCACUUCAGAAAAGCAGCACUGGAGGAAUCUGUAAAUGUGUUCAGAACCAAACAGUUUGUUACAAUCCAGCAAAAAAUGUAGCCCUUCUUCCAAACGGAGAUAGAUCAUUGGAGUACAUUGGACUGACUUUAGGUGAUGACUUAAUGAAUCCCCCAAACUUUGUGGCCUGCAGCCCAGGUCUGGUUCAUGAGUGUGAUGAGAACUCCCAUCUGAACAGUGUGUGCUACAAGUUCAAUAGCGAGUUCCAGAAAACCUCAAACUUCACACCUGCCUUUCAAGAAUGUACCAAGAAGAAAGUGGACCUUGUGUUUCUGUUUGAUGGAUCAGAAAGCAUGUCAAGGGAUGAAUUUAACAAAAACAAAGGAUUCAUUUUGGAUAUCAUCAAACUACACCAAAAAUCCUCAAUUAAGUUUGCUGCAGUACAGUUCUCAAAGGAAUCCAGGACAGUUUUUGACUUCAACGACUACCAAAAAGGGACGGCCGAAGGAAAGCUUCGGAAAGAACAACAUUUUCAAUCCUUAACCAAUACACACAAGGCGAUAGACUUUGUACUGAAAAACCUAUUUGAUAACUCAAUUGCUGGCGCCACGCCUGAUGCAACAAAGGUUCUGGUUAUCAUCACAGAUGGACUUCCCACUGAUAGUGAUAGGAAUUUAAAGUCGAUCAAAAGAACAAACGAAAAAAACAUCAUACGCUUUAUUAUUGGUGUCAAGAACCCCUCAAACAAAAAUAACUACAACGUAGAUUUUUUGGAAAAACUAAAAAAACUGGCAUCAGAACCAAAGGAUAACAACACAUUCCUCAUUGAAGACUAUAAUGGACUGUCAAGAAUCCUGGACAUUUAUCAGAAAAAGACUUUCAAAGUAUACAAUACUGCUUGGGAAGGAAACUUAAGAAAAGAUAUGUCUCAAAGUGGGUUCAAUAGUCAGUUACAGGAGGAUAUCUUGGUUUUAGGGUCAGUGGGAUUAUAUGAAUGGCGAGGAUCUCUCUCUGAGAUUCAGGGCCCAGGAUCGGAGAAAAGAGAAAUUGUGGAUCCCUCCAUAGAAAAGGACUCCUACAUGGGGUACGCUUUAACUGUUGCAAAGAAGAACGAUCACCUUCUGUACCUUACUGGUGCUCCUAGUUUUGAACAUAAAGGACAGAUCCUCCUUUUUACUAAUGAUGAAAACAAUGACUGGGAAGUGACUACGAAAGAGUAUGGGGAGCAGAUUGGGUCCUAUUUUGGGGCAGAGCUGUCUGCAGUUGAUAUUGACUCAGACGGCAACACAGACUUUCUGCUGGUGGCGGCUCCAAUGUUCUACCAGUCUCAGAGUGAGGGCAAGAUCUAUGUCUACCAACUGACUGAUAAGCUGGAACUGAGGAGUGUGAUGAACGUGUCAGGACCUUUUUGGGGAAGAUUCGGGUCAUCCAUCUCCUCAGUCACAGAUCUGAACGGUGAUGAUCUAAAGGAUGUGGCCGUGGGCGCUCCCCUCGAGGAUGAAGGCAGGGGGGCUGUGUACAUCUACCUGGGUGACAAACUUGGAGGAAUACGCAAAAGCUAUAAUCAAAGAAUCGCUGCCAAAAUGCUGAGGGAUGAUCUGGAGUUAUUUGGCCAGACACUUGAUGGGAGAAUGGAUAUGGGCCAUGAUGGCUUGAUUGACAUUGCAGUUGGUGCCAAAGGAAGAGUUGUUGUGUUAAGGUCCAAGUCUGUCUUCAACGUCUCUGCUGGUCUCUCAUUCCACCCCUCUGAGAUCAGCACUGAUCCAUUUGACUGUCUCACCAGUGAGGACCAAACCUUCCCAGUGUUCACUAUAACAGCCUGCUUUAGUAUGGUGGAGGCUACCAAGAGUGGAGUGCGGAAUGCAGAGAUAAAUGUCUCUUACAUGCUGGAAGUGGAUCCUAUGAGGCACACCAGUAGAGGUCUCGUUGGCAGGAAUGGAACCAGAGGACUUCAAAUGAUUGAGAAGCUGAGCAAAAAUGUGACCUGCUUUAACCACUCAAUCCACAUGAAGAACUCAACAACACCACCAACUGGCAUCUUGAAUGUUGACAGCCCUACAAAGGCUUCCAUUGAGGUGCCCUUUACGAAGAAUUGUGAAAACAAAGAAAAAUGUGUUGCAGAGCUUGAAGUAAACUUUAACUUCACAACCUCAACUUUAAUUGUGAUGGACCAAAGCUACUUCAACGUAACAGUAAGACUGUCCAAUCAUGCAGAUGAUUCUCAUAACACCAGCCUCACAUUCCUCUACCCACCUGGCCUAUCGUUCUCUAAGAUGCAUCUGGAGAAGGCCACAAGGACGACCCUCCACAAAUGCAGCAAUCUAGAGGGGGUCACUCACAGGACCCUGUGCAGCAUCAGCCUUCCUGUCUAUCGCAGCAAAACAACAGCAACAUUUAAGAGUUUAUUUCGCAUUUCAAAUUCCUACAAUUGGAAUGACACCAUGUCCAUGACCAUCAUUGGACACAGUGAUAAUGACAACUCCACCAAUGCUACAGUUACCAAAUCCAUUCCUGUUCAGUUUGCAGUUGAUUUGACAGCAAAGGCGAAUUAUGAAUACUCCAACACGUAUUUUAUCGUUAAUCAAGAGGAUAAAGGACUUAAAAAUCUGGUAAAUGUAUACGAGGUGAAGAACUUGGCUUGGAAGUCUUUGCCUGUUACAGUAACCAUCACCUUCCCAACUCUGCUUGGGCAUCAAUUUGAAAUGAGGGAUUAUAAAGUAUCAGUCUCAGAGAACCAAACAGAAUGUAAACAAACUAUAAACGCAACAUCAGACUACUGCACUAAAGAAAAAAACUGCAAGUCCAUCAAAUGUAAUGCUGUUAUAUUGGACAAAAAUGCAACUGUUCAAUUCAAACUUCGGGGAAGUGUAUCUUUUGAGGGCCUUGAGCAGUUGGUAAAGGACAUGCCACUGUCCAAAAUGUUCACUGGCGAUGAAGCAGACGUUCGAUUCAAAAGUUUUGUAAAUGUUGACUAUGACAAGCAACGAUAUGUCCAAAAAUCAAGUAACCAUGAGAACAAACAUUAUACAAGUUUCCACCAGGCACAGAUUGAUGUUCGAGCAGAGUUCAUCAUUCCCCCGAACAAAGAGCUGAUUAUAGCAACAGGUGCUGGUGGGGGGGUCCUGCUUCUCCUUAUUAUUACUGUGGUCAUGUUUAAGAUGGGAUGCUUCAAUUCAAAAAUGACAUGGACUCCUGGGAAAGAGGAGAUUGAUGAUGGAGAAGAGAAUUAUGGGAAUGGACGGUUUAAAGAAAUUGGUUGGAAUCAGAUUGCCUGACAAGAAAAUGCCUGAGUCUUGUGGUGGCACAGAAGCAAAAGCACUCAUGGCAAACAUUUAAACGCCCCAACAGGAGUAAGGAAAGGAAGAAAGCAAUGGCUGUGUGUGAUAAAAAGGCUAAAGACGCACUUGUUCUGGGAGUACAACAAUACUUAAGAAAUAUUUGUUGGAUCAGAAGUUUAUUUCCUCCAGGAACACAAUCACACUUAUUGAGGGGAUUUGUAGCACUUGUUGAGGCUAGCUGUAACUGAUUGAACUACUUUUACUCUCUGUGAAUUAUAUUAUUGGGUGUGCUCACGCCUUUGGCAAGCAUAACCAUUGUUCUCUCACAUAUAUAUUAUUAUUCUUUUCCCACCCCUAAGGAUCCAUCAAUAUUCUGACUACAUAGACAACGUUGAUGUCAAAAGUUGUCUUGGUCCCGAUUGAGUUGCUUGUAUUUUUAUGUACGUUCCGUUGCACAGUUUAGGAGGUUACGUUUUUGUGGAAAAAACUGCCUUAUGUCAAUGAAGGGUACUCAGUGCUAGCCUACCUCACAACGUCAGCAACGAUA